CUAGCUCGUAAAAACGAUAUUGGAUAUUGAAUUCCGCGUCUUUCAAUAGUUUCGUUUCAAUUUGAAGGUUAUAUGUGUUUACCCGAAAAUGUGCUGUUACCAUGUGAUAUAAACUGCUGGAGUGAAAUAAAAUGCAUUUUGCAGUGCAUGCUUCAGAAAAAAAUGACCCUGGCUGAAAAGUUUUACUUAUUAUAUGAUAUUGAGAGUUUAUUUCAUAUCAAUGUAAAACGAUGCAACCGACUGAAAAUUUGGCCAGCCAGCAGCAUUUAUACUGGUUUGGGAAAUUUCAUUAAGUUUUAUAUGGGCGAAAAGGAGAGGAAAUAUUUUGAGUUGCACACACUGCCUUUUAUUUUGGACUGUGUUGUUAUGACUGAAAUGAUAUCACGUGACAGUAGACCAUCGUAUUGCUCUACGAAUCAAAAGCGUUCGAAGUUGAUACAAUACGACACUUGCACAUCUAUUGUUGCGUGUUCUUUUCUUUGUUUAUUACCUACUCAUCCUAAAUACAACCAGUGCUCGAGUGACUUUAACUUUACCAGUGUUUUCCUAAAUAUAUUUCCCAGCAAAUCUCUACAAGUGAAGGAUCUGUGGCGUGUGGUCUCGUAUUUUGAAUUUUGUAGGACUUUUAAAUCAUCUCUACAAGGUCUAGUUGUGUCACAUCGAUCUUGGUCAUGUUUAGAUUUACAGAGACAUCUAUCAGACAUCAAUGGCGUGAAUGCUUUUUCGCUAUCUAAUUAUGACACUCUGAGGGGAAUUUUAUCUUAUGCACGUCUUCCUCUUCUGUUAGUUGACAAUAUUUUGAAUGAAGAACAAAUUGCUCUUGAAGCACACCUUCCUACUGUUCAUUUCAUGAGGCCGCAUGUGGGAGGGGUGCUAUUCGACGGUGGCAUAUCGCAAGCGGAGUCACUUUUCUCAAAGUACCCAGAUUUAAUCUCUAUCAUUCCUUCAUACCAAAACUUAAGCGAUGGAGAGUCGCUAUGGAUUGAUCACUAUCGAGGUCCAUUUCUGCCCGAGACACUUGGCGCCUUUACUGCAGUGGACCGCUUUACUGAAGAAGCUGUUAAAUGGCGUCGCUUAGUUUUGUUAAACAGUAAUCAAUAUCCAACAUGGAUGUCUGAAAUCCACUACUCUACACAGUGUCUAAUUAACGAAAUAAUUUUUGUUACCGCUGGUCUUUCUCCUGACGGAUUAAAAAGUAAAGAUGAACAUAUUCGUCCGGAAAUUUUCAGUUCCACCUGGUGGGAUUAUCUUAAAUCGAAAUCAGCAUCAGGAAUUGAACAGAGGUAUACUAAAAGCAGUCGACUUUCAUCUAAUGAUUUCACAUAUUCACCUAAUACAGCUAUAGAAUGUGUACAAACUACAAUUGCCAAAUCUCUAGUCGAUUAUGCAGAUAAAUUUAUAUCGGGAGUAAUCUGUGAGAGUCUAAACAAAUUGGCAAGAGGGAAGACUAACAAACUGUCGAAUUCCGGUGAUCGAACACUUCUCAAGAAAUCUCAAAUUGGUAGAUGUCAUUCAAAUCAACGUACUUCGAGUGUAUUUACACCAUUAAAUUCAAGCGAUUUAAGCGGGAAACUAUGCAAGAAUAUUUUUAAAUCUACUGAACAUCACUUUAAUCCUAGUUAUAAAACAAGCAGUUGUAUAAAUCAAUGUAAAAUCACUGAACAAGGAAAACUUAGCAAGCCAAUUGUAUAUUAUGCUAGUGAUUUAGUGAAAGAAUUUGUUAACUACGCUCAAAACGUAUCAACUCUUCGUAUUCAUCAGUUAAAUGUGUACUCUGAUAAAUUAGUUGCUAAUAUACUUCAAAGUGCAAAUAAAUUAUUGAAGUGGUCAAACCAUUUGUCUAAACAAAUACUUACUGAAGUUAAAUACUCAAAUAAUUUGGGCAUAAAUUAUAAUAUUAUGAACCAGAAUGUUAUGAAUUCAAUUAAUUCAAUAACUAAUAAAGAGGUGGUUGAAAAUAAUAAAACAAAUACUACCAACAGUGAAAAACAUCCUAUGAAUAAAGACUUUCAACAGUGUCGAAUGUCUCAGUCGAAUAAUCAUUUGAACAGUCAUGAAAAAUACUCCAUACUGAAUAAAGACAAUUCACUUGAUGAUCAGUCCUGUCAAACAAUGAUUAUGGAUUCAGAAAUGAAGAUUGUAGAAGAAUCAUCGCUAAAACCUCAAGCAAUGAAAGACAUUAAGAAGUCUGAUAAUUGUAUAUUCCCUAAAACGGAUCCCAUUAUUGUAUGUAAAGAUGAUGAUGAUCAUACAAAUUCUAAAAAAUCUGUGUUUAAAUUGAUGGUGCAAAGCAUAAAUUACCGCAGAUUUUUGUUUCAGAAAAUAUAUCUGAAUUUGCAAAUAGUCUAGUUGUUAAGUGUAUCACAUUAGCGUUUGGAGAAAUCUACAUUCAAAGGAUGUCUUCAUAUUUGAAUCAUGGUUCAUUCAACUCAGAAACCGAAAAUAAUAACAACAAUGAUCUCGACAACUUUGAGUCGAAAUACUACAAUUCUUCAAAUAUACGUCCUCCAGGCUUAAUAUUGGACGCUAUUGGAGAAGAAUAUCCAUCCAACUAUUAUUCAGAUCCACAAAUGAAAGUUUUAAUUCAAUGGAUAUCGGCUGCAUUAGUUUAUAGUUCACCUUGCUCUAAAUUCAAUUUUUUAGCUAAUAAAAUGAAUUCAUCAACACAAGAUAAAAUUGAUAGUGAUUAUAAUCAUUCAUCUAGUGAAUUGAAUGAUUUCAAGAAUCAAAUUGCAAUGGAACACUCAUGUUCACCACUAAUCUGUUGUACAAAUGGUGACGUGAAAUUGAAAAAGCUCUUUUUUUUAGCUCAUUCACGAUUGUGUGGCGGCGAUUCAGAUACCGCAGCAUAUGAGCUUAUCCAUCAAAUUUCCAUCAUCUUGAAUAUACAUAUUGGUUGUUUCAAACUGUCAAUAUGCCACUGCUUAGUUUACUGUACAAGGGGCUGUAAUCUAAAUGAGUUAUCAUAUCAGUAAGCAUUGCAUUGUGGUUCUAGUCGCUGGCAACUACUCUAUUUUCUGGUUCUUCUUUAUGUUACGUUAUGCUACAUGAUUUUUUUUCGGAGUAUGAUGUCAACUAGCGAUUUGAUGUGCAACAUAAUUCACUUGUCAUAAAAUGAGGAGUUUAGGUUGCGGUUUACUUAUUGAAACCCUGCUGAUCACCUCAAACACUUUUAGCCUCAUGCACUUACCACUUGUUUUUUAAGUGUUUAUACAUAUUUAUUCAUGAGUAUAUGUGUUCAUUAUAAUAAAAGUUUUCGUAUUUCCCAAUGAAUGAAAAACAAAACGAUGUUGUUUGUUACUGACGUUUCGCUAUUUAAUGCUAAUAGCUUUAUCAAAGUAUUAGUAUAUAAGUGUAUUUAUGCGUUUACUUCACUCUAUUUGUGCCCUUUUUUCUCUUCUUAUUCUUUCACUCAGCUUCAGACUGUUGUAUCACUUGUCUAUAAAGCAUCAUGGAAUGCUGGGGAUUUAUUCUGUGCUAUGUUAGAUUAUUGUCAUUACAGAUCUGAGUAUUUGGCUCAAACUACUACUAUUACAAGUGACUACGACAUUAAUAAUAAUAAUAAUAUCAUUCCAUUACAGUGCAAUUAUUCACUGUCACCUCAGUUAAUCUCAAAACCUCUCUUAUCUUUAUUUGACUUUUUAAUACUUCAAUUGCAAAAUAUUCAGUAAACGUUUCAACAAGUCUACUUUAUUAUGCUUUCUGUACAGAAUCAUUGAAUCUCUAUAAUUUAUUUCUCACUGACUUCUUAUUAUUAUUUGCUUUUUAUGUACAGUUUACGCACAAUAUUAUUUAAUAAUAUCUUAUUUUGCUUAAUUUUGAUUUGAAAUAUUAUUUUCAUUAAUAUACUUCAAGUUUUCAAUUCAAUACUCUGAAUACAUCUCAUACUUUCCAUUUAAA